AUGCUCCAAAUACUCUUGAAGAGGGUCAUCCCUGAGUAUCAAGUCUUCUUGAAGCCCGCAGCAGCCAAAGCGUUGCUUGCAGGUGCUGGUCUCACCAACGCCACCCUCAACUGCUCGAUCGAAGCCUUCCAAAAGAUUGUACCUGCCAAUGCCUCAGUCGUACUAGCCAAGCGUGUGGCCGAAAAUGGCACAUUCACGCCCCCAGCAGCUGACACCGACUUCCCCAAUCCUGCGUAUCAGCUACCGGCCCUCUGUGCUGUGCAGAUUGAAAUGCCCACUGAUGCCAACACCACCUUCAACUUUGGUUUGUUCCUACCGGACACCUGGAAGGGACGCAUGGUGGUUUCGGGCAACUCUGCCUUCUCAGGAGGAGUCAAUUAUGCGGAAAUGGGCGCCGGAGUUACCUAUGGUGCAGUUGCAAUGUCCACUGAUACCGGCCACGACUCUGCCUUUGACAACUCCUGGGCUGAGAACCCCGAGUCCAUCGUCGACUGGGGCUGGCGCGCAAUGCACCUCUCCGUCGUGGAAGCCAAAAAGGUCAUCGCUGCCUACUACGGCAAGCCCCUAGACUACAGUUACUACAACGGCUGCUCAACCGGUGGCCGUCAGGGCUUGAAGGAAAUCGAAGCAUUUCCAGACGACUUCGAUGGCGCAGUCGUCGGUGCUCCGGCCUGGUGGACGACUCACCUGCAGCUGUUCAACAUCUACGCUGCGGAGUACAAUUUACCAGAAAACUCGACACAUCAUAUCAGCUCGGACCUGUUCGAGUUCAUUGCCAAUGAGACUCUGAAGCAGUGUGAUCCUCAAGACGGCGUAAAAGACAACAUAAUUUCCGACCCACGUCGCUGCAACCUGAACCUCGAAUCCAUGCUCUGCCCAGCCAACGCUACCAUUAGCGACAGCAACACCUGCCUCACCGAUGCCCAACUUGACACCCUCUACCACUACUACAACGACUGGGUCGAAGCCAACCAAACCUUCAUCUUCCCUCACUACGAAAUCGGCUCCGAAACCGGCUGGGGCCAGACCCCGGACUUUAGCUACAUCGAAUACUUCCUCCAAAAAGGCACGAACUUCACCUGGGCUGACUGGAACCCAUCCCUGGUCAAACUGUCCGACGCUAUGAACCCCGGUAACGCCACAGCAGACAACUUCGACCUCUCACCCUUCUACAACCGCGGCUCGAAACUCAUCCACUACCACGGUCUCGCGGACCCGUCCAUUCCCACCGGCAGCAGCGUCUACUUCUACAAGCAGGUUCAGCGGACUUUGCAGAGUAAGGGCAUUGAUCUGGAUGACUUCUACAAGUUCUACUUGAUCCCGGGAAUGGAGCAUUGCGGAAGCACGCCGUCGAAUAUGGAGGCACCGUGGUAUAUUGGUGGUUCGUCGCAGGCGUCGACUAUUGGAAGUGAUGGGUCGGGAAAUCAUCUUCAUGAGAGGAAGGGGUUUAAUGAUGGGAAGCAUGAUGCGUUGUUGGCUAUGAUUGGAUGA